AGCUGCCGCGAUCUAUUGCGCGACGCCGCGGCCGCCGGCGCGGCCGUCGGCGCGUUCAACGUCUACAACGUCGAGGGCGCCAUCGCCGUGAAGCGCGCCGUCGUCGCCGCGGGCAGGCCCGCCAUCGUGCAGCUCCACCCGGCGUCGCUCGACUUUGGGGGCGCGGCGCUCCUCGCGGCGUGCGCCGCCGUCGCCGACGACUGUUUCCGCGAGAGCGGCGUGCCCAUGCUCGUCGCGCUCGACCACGCCGCCGACGACGUUGCCAUCGACCUGGCCCUGGCUUCGGGCGUCGACCACGUCAUGGCCGACGGCGCGGAGCUGUCCCUCGAGGACAACGAGCGGUGGACGCGGGGCGUCGUCGAGCGCGCGGCGGCCGCGGGCGCGACGGUGGAGGCGGAGCUCGGCAAGCUCGCCGGCGAGGAGGACGGCCUGGCCGUGGACCUGCGGGACGCGAAGAUGACGGACCCCGCCGUCGUCGCGAAGUUCCUCGCGGCGACGGGCGUCGAGGCGCUCGCCGUGACCGUGGGCAACGUCCACGGCCGCUACGCGAAGAGCCCGCCGGACCUCGACUGGGCGCGCCUCGACGCCGUCCGCGGGGAGGCCGGCGGCGUGCCCCUCGUGCUCCACGGCGCGUCGGGCCUCCCGGAGGACUACCUCCGGCGCGCGCGCGCCGCGGGCGUCGCCAAGUUCAACGUCAACACGGAGGUCCGCGCGGCG